AGAACAAGGCGCGCCCUUUGAAGAAAGAAACUGUCACGGUAGAGUCAUGGUGGGGCCCGGCCCCGCUGCCAGCGCAGCCGCGGAAGAACGGUGGCAAAAGCUCCAGGAGUACCUGGCAGCCAAGGGAAAGCUGAAGGACCCCAACACCAAGCCUUAUCUAAAAGCCAAGAAUAUCUGCCCUAAACCACCAUCUUCUAAAUAUACUCCUGGACCUAAAAAAGAUGUUUCCAAUCAUGUUGUUUUGCCUGGCAAAACUACAAAACCCAUCAACAUUAAACUCCAGGCUAAACCAGCCAGUAUCACAGGGUCCCAGAAGCCAGAGUCGAUGCCACCAAAACUUCCAAGCAAAGGACUCACGCCAAGAUGUUUUCCUUCUAACUCAGACUAUAAGCAGUCCAGCAAGCCUCAGCAGCAACAUAAAACUGUGCCAUCCACUGCAGGACUGUCAAGAAAACCCAGGCAGUCCCCUGAUACACAGGAAUUAAAAGCCAAACAGCAACAGGAAGCUCAUCGAGGAACGGCUAAGUGUGCAGAUCCUGUGGCUGACACCCAUGCUGAAAAGCAAUCUUUGGAUGGCUUUCUAGAUGAAACGAACAAAGAAAACUUGCCCCGAACCUUGCUAAAACCUAAAAAGCCAGAUUCUGACUUACAUUCUAUAAGAAAGCCAAAAACUGGCUCUUCUAAUCAAACUCAGAGAAGUCUGGCUCCUAAACAGAUCUCAAGCAAAAGUUCAGUUACUCAUACUGCUCUGAAAGACAGAGCCAACAAACCGCUCAUUAGAAACACACAAACCAGAGCUCAGCCGGGGAAGUCUCAGCGACUCCCUACAGCAGAUUCAUCGCGACCAAGAGGAAAACCCUCACAAACAGCUCCCUCUUACUCCGUUCCAGCCCAUUAUAAGACUCAGACAUUGAAGAAACCAGUGAUCAAGAACACACAGGAUAUAAUGGUUAACAGGGUUAGAUCUGGAAGACCAAAUGAAACUAAGGUACAGCCCUGCCCUGCUACUGAACAAAGAGUAAAACAUACUAAACCUAGUUCCCACCUCAGUGUGCUUCAGGGAGGACAUAACAGUAGGCAUCUCAACAUGAAGCAGGAUCAGAAGCCUGUGCAGCCUUGUCUUGGACCCCGGACAUCAUGCAUUCUGCAAAAAUCAAGAGCCAUAAGCCAGAGGCCUAAUUUGACGGCUGGCAACUUUAAUUCAGUCAUUCCAAGCACACCUAACAUCAGAGCAAAUAAAACACUUAACAGUAAGUACAGUAGCACGUUUCAACAGAAAGCACAGACAGUGGACUCCAAGUUCAAAAGGUUUCCUCCCCAGAGCCAUUUUCUGAACAAGACUGCUCCCAGGACUCAAGCCAGUACCACAGCCGCAAGUAGGAAGGGAGCCCCGAGCGCGACCCAGACUCACCCGCAUGUUAAAAAACCAGAAGGAGAGGAUCGGAGGAAACAGCUGGAAGAAUGGCAGAAAUCUAAAGGGAAAACCUAUAAACGGCCUCCCAUGAUAUUUAAAACAAGAAGAAAAGUCAUAGAGGAAAUGAACACCUCCUUCUGGAAGAGCAUGGAAAGAGAAGAAGAAGAGAAGACAGCUCAGCUGGAGCUGUCCAGGAAAAUCAACAGCACUCUGACAGAGUGUCUGCGGCUCAUUGAAGAGGGUGUACUUCCUAAUGAAAUAUUUACUGUAGUGUCCAGCAUUCCUGAGGCUGAAAAAUUUGCCAAGUUCUGGGUGUGCAAAGCAAAGUUACUGGCAAGUAAAGGCCCCUUCGAUGCUCUUGGAUUGUAUGAAGAGGCCAUUCAGAACGGGGCAGCACCAAUACAAGAGCUGCAGGAAAUUCUGAACAUUCCGCAAGACACAAGCAGAAGCGCAGAAGCAGUCACCUCUGACAGCUCAGCUGCUGGAACUAAUACCACAACUGUGGAAGAGCUGGCCAAGGAGGACGACUCUGAGCAGCCCUGCCCACCGCUGACAGAAAGGGAGCGGGCCCCAGCAGCACCUCGGAUACCCAUGGCGGAGUGGGAUAACCCUGGUAUCAAAUUACAGGUUGCCCCGAUCCCUAGAAUAUGCGGGAUGCCGGAAGUGCAAGACAUGAAGCUCAUCACUCCCGUGAGGCGCUCGGCCAGGAUCGAGCGCACGCUGGCGCGCUACCCAGAAAUGCUGCAGGAGCGUGACAUAGUCGUGGCCUCUCUUAACGAGCUCCUGGAAGUGGACAACACAGAGUGCUUUGUCUUCCGUGAAAAUGAGGCUCUGCCUGUGACACUGGGCUUCGAAAUCCUUGAAUCAUGAUCUUUUGAUAUUUGGGUUU